AUGGAUCCCAAUCCCGUUCCUGGAGCUGUCCCUGCUGUUGCUGGCAUCGACGCAGUCCCUGAGACAGCACAGAAGCCUGUGGAAACAGCGGCUGUCCCGGUGAAGCCCGCUGAAGAGAAGCCCCUCGAAGAAAAGCCGGCUGAGGAGAAGGUAGCCGAGGACAAGAAGGACGAACCCGCAGCUGCGACGGAGACAGCUGCCGUUUCGGCCACUGAGCCCGCCAAGUUGGAGGAGCCUCCUGCUCUUGCUCCGCCAGCUGAUGCGCCAGCUGCAAACGUGUCUACCGCCGAUGCGCCCAAGCCGGCUUCCGUCGAAGAUGUUCCUGACAAGGACGGUCCUAUUGCCACGACCGGCAUCGAUGAGCCCAAGGCCAUUCCUCCCGAACAGCCGCCAGCCGCGGCCGUCCCAGCUACGAGUACCGCGCCAGCCACCGAGACUGUGAAAAAGUCAGUAGAGGAGCCCAUCGCGCAGGAGCCUGCAAAGGAGCCUGUUGUUGAAGAUGAGCCGGUCAAGGAGCCCGUCAUCGAGAAGCCUGAUGUCGUUAAUGGCGCCGUUACUAAAGAUGUCGAGAUGACUGGUGCCCUCAACGAAAUCGAACCCACCGGUUCGGGAGAGCGCGAGGCGGCGCCGCAAGCUGUUCCUCCGGAGGCCAAGACUGGCGACAAGCGCAAGGCUGAUGACCUCGAGGUCGCCAACGGCGCCAACGGCACCAACGGCGCAGCAGAAGAUAAGCUUGAGGAGAAGCCGGCCGACAAAAAGAUCAAGACUGGCAAGCCCGGCCGACCCCCAACGAACGGCGCAGCCAAGACGUCUCCGAAGAAGGAUGUCGUCAAGGAAAGCCCUAGCAAGGACUCACCAAAGAAGGAAAAGGAGUCUGUGGGCCACAAGGUGGCCAGGAACGUCAAAAAAGUCUUGUCGCCUGUUGGAAAAACUGCGCGUAAGACUCGUUCUCAGGGACCUGCUUGA